UAUUUUUACUACGAUGCAAUGCCAGUUUGGUCAAAAUAAAAUCGCUGCAAAUAUUUUAAAAAUCCCAUAAAGAGUUUCAUAUCCGCACAGAAGGUGUUCGAUUAAAUUCCGCUGAGAGUGUUUUUCGACUUUCGAUGCUUCUGUAAUGGUAUCUCGCAUGGCUGCUUUGACUUCUCUUUCUUCAGUUCAGUUCAGACUCACCGACAUUCUCGGAACUCGUCUCAAACCUUGUCCCCUCUUUCCAGUUCGAAUAACGAAUAUGCCCGUAAAACCAUUAGUGAUUGAAGCAAGAAACAAUUCUCGAGUUGAGAGCCCCAAAACCAGGAACCGGAGGAGCAGGAAGAAGUUUAACGGCACACAAACGAAACCGAGACUCUCGGUGUUCUGUUCAGACAAGCAACUCUAUGGUAUGUUGGUGGACGACUUUAACAAAAAGUGUUUGUUCUACGGUAGUACAUUGCAGAAGUCUAUUCGUGGUGAUCCUCCAUGUACCGUCCUUGAAGCAGCGAAACGGGUUGGAGAGGAGCUCAUCAAGGCUUCUAUAGACCUCAAGAUCAACGAGAUAUCAUCCUAUGAUCGAAACGGAAAUGCUCGAGGCGAAAGAAUGCAAGCCUUUGAAAUUGCUAUAAAGCAACACGGGUUCUUACCAUAAUAGCAGGUAGUUUAAACAGAAGAUAUCACACUUAGAGACUCGCCAAGAGAAUCUUUCUUUGGGAACUUUGGAAACUUGAUCUUGGAAGCACAUGAUCUAUCAGGCACAUAAGGGCAUUCCACAAACUCUUUUGCGUAGUUAUCAAGACAUAUGUAGAUCUGGAAAAGCUGCUUUGUCCCCUUUACAUCUUCAUUGCAUUCGAUACCUGGUGCAAAUCCUAUAGCACACUUGAU